AUGGGCUGCGCACCCUCCGCCGCCGCCCGCCCCCAGCCCGCCCCCGGCCCGGCCGCCCCGAUGGCCGCCACGCUGCUCUAUUUCCCCGGCCCGGGCCGCGCCGUGGCGCCGCGCCUGGCGCUCUUCGCCGCGCUGGGCCCGGACUUCGUCAACGAAGGAAUCUCCUUCCCCGAGUUCAUGGACGCGAAGGCGAAGCUGGAGGGCGGCGAGGCCAGCAGGCUGGUGGGCAGCGGGAGCCUGCCGCAGCUGACCCUGCCCGACGGCCAGGUCUUCAACCAGUCCAUGGCGAUAACGCGCUACGGCCUCGCGCUGGCCGCGGCCAAGCGCGCCCGCGGCGGCACGGUGGAGUUCGACCUGGCCCCACCCGCGGAGGGCGACUGCGCCGCGCUGCUGGCGGCCGAGGAGGUGCUGGAGUUCUCCAUGGAGAUCCUCAACAAGUGCCCCGGGGAUCCGGACGCCGAGGUGAAGAAGCAGAAGCGCCUGGAGUAUGCCGCGGAAGGUGGUCCCAUGACGAAGUGGUUCCGCAUCUUGGAGGCACGGCUGACGGCGUCCGGUGGGCCCUUCGUGCUGGGGGAGAGGCUCUGCAUCGCGGACGUGACCCUGUACCAGACCACCGCCAUGAUCAGGGCAGGCCAGUUCGACCACGUGGAGCCCAGCUACCUGGAGCAGUUCCCCAGGUGCCUGGCGCACAUCGACGCGGUACUGGGAAGCCCGCUCUUUAAGGCUUACCAUGAGGUGAUGGGUGACAAGGCCUUUGUGAAGUACACGUGA